AUGGAAGUAGACGAAGCCGGCACACCACCUCAACCUCCUCCAAAGCCGCACUCUGGGCAGCCGCCGUCGAAUGCACCAAAGUCUGUACCUCCUGCUGGCCAGCCGUCGAAUGCACCCAAGUCCGUACCACCUCCCGGGCAGCCACCCUCGAAUGUACCCAAGUCUGUACGACCUGCGGGCCAGCCGUCGAAUGUACCCAAGUCCGUACCACCGGCCGUGCAGCCACAGUUGAAUAUAUCGAAGUCUGUACCGCCUCCCGGACAGCCGUCGUCGAAUACACCAACAUCUGGACCGCCGUCUGUACCACCUCCCGGGCAGCCGCCGUCGAAUGUACCCAAGUCUGUACGACCUGCGGGCCAGCCGUCGAAUGUACCCAAGUCCGUACCACCGGCCGUGCAGCCACAGUUGAAUAUAUCGAAGUCUGUACCGCCUCCCGGACAGCCGUCGUCGAAUACACCAACAUCUGGACCGCCGGUGGAGCAGCAGCCGUCGAAUGCAGCAAAGUACAAACGACGACUAGAUGAUACGCCAACCCCACAGCCAGCAUCAACGUCUACCAUCCCACCAACUGCUGGUGCAUCUGAUCCGCGCCCUCCCCCCGCUGCACCUCGUGGACUCCCUCCUUCGGUUGGUUCGCUCAAGUCGUCCCCGGCAGGACGGCUCCCUCCCCGACCCCCCACUGCACCUCGUGGACUCCCUCCUUCGGUUGGUUCGCUCGAGUCGUCCCCAGCAGGGCGGCCC